AUGAACGCUCAUGCUCUUGAUCCGUUGUUGCAUAGUCGCUUUCCAUUAAACACAUCUGUAGGGAGCCUGUUGAAUCAGUUAGCAGUGGAAGAAUGGGAUUUAAAUAUCAAUUAUUCAUCCUAUUAUCAUAUGUGCAAUCCAGUCAAUUGUACCUAUACUUAUGUUAAACGAACAAAUUAUAUUAAUAUUUUAACCACGAUCAUUGAACUUGUGGGUGGAUUAACUACAACAUUAAGAAUUACGACGCCGUUGAUCAUAGCAACCAUUCGAAGAAUGAAAAAAACAUCUGGUGUAUUGAUCGAUGACGAAGAUAUUAAAAUCGAACGAGAAACAACCCGUUUAUUUUUAAUGCUGUUUUCAACAACAUUUUCUGUCCUUAUUGUCUAUACGAUAAUAUCGAAACGAACAAGAAUAACCGAAGUGAAAUUACCUACUCUGUCCGAAUAUGAACGAUUGCAGCAAACAUAUUCUGAUUCUCUUCAUUGUCCCUGUUCUCAACUAGCGGUUAAAUACAGCGAAUUCAUCCAUAUUUACCCAUCAUUCCAUCAAGUAUGUUCGAGCAUAUUCAUCACAAAUGAAUGGUUCGAUUCCCUAUAUGUUCAAUUUCAAGAACUUUAUCUCGAUGAUUUUCGUUUGAGUGGUGCGCCGUUGUUUCGUGUACUUGCAACAUUCUGUCAAUUGGCCAAUGAUACAAUUGCAGAUGCACUUGUUCGAUUUUAUUCAAUCGACUACAUAACCCCAACAGUAGUACCAUUGUCAUUAUUCAAUCCAGAAAUAGAAUCUAUUACUAACAUAUUUAAGAAGCAAGUGCCGAAUACAUUUACACGAUCAUUUUCAAUGAUGCGUGACUCAAUCCAUUUAAAUCAAUUAUUUACCUCGGUUGUAACGGAACUUCAAUGGAAUCAAACUACAAGUAAAGUAACAUCAACUAUUGGACAAUUCCAGCAAACGGAUGGCAGUAUCUGUUCUUGUUUAAACAAUUCAAAAUGUCUUGGUGAAAUGAAUAUUCGGGAUGAAGACCGUAUUCUUCUAUUUGUCGUACCAAACUUUUUUCGUGGAUGUUAUUUAAUUGACGGACUUUUAUCAUCAACCCUUGAAUGCCUUUAUAAUGACACUUGUUUGACAAUAAUCAAAUCACACACUCAAUACAAUAUCGAUGUUUUACCCCUUAAUUCAUCUCUAUCUACUGCGUAUCAGUCAUCUACAAAAAUCAACGAUAUUGUUCUAAAUUUAAUGGUAGAAAUAUGGAACACGAAUAUAUCGUAUGGCGCCUAUUAUCUUACCUGUAAGCCAGAAUAUUGUCAUUAUACAAUCAACACACGAAAUGAUCAUGUUUAUGUACUAACAACAGCAAUCGGCUUAGUUGGCGGGCUGUUAACAGUAUUUCAAAUCAUCACACCAUAUCUAAUAAUCAUUCGAACAAAAAUUAAAAGUCGAUGCUUACCAGUACAUGUACGGUUCUCCGUGAAGGCUAUUCUACGAUUUAUUCAUACAAAAAUUGUUGAAUUUAAUCUGUUCGAGAGUACAUUAUCCUCGGACGAAGAUAUUCGAUAUGAGAGACGAACGACACGAUUGUACAUCAUUUUAUUAACAGUAACAUUGUACGUUUUGACUGUUUAUAAUGCUGUUUUACAACGUACAAAAACGACUCUGUUUGAUGCUCCGUCUUUAUUAGAAUAUCUUGAAUUACGUGACAAAUAUUCACAAAACUUCGAGUGUCACUGUUCUCACUUAUUCGUUAAAUACGAUAAAUUCAUUCAACUUCAACCUAUUUAUCAUCAAUUGUGUUCUAGUGUAUUCAUCACACAAGAAUGGAUCGACCACUUAUCUAAUAAUAAUGAUAUUUUAUAUUAUACAUCACAAUUUCAAGCACUUGCUCUUCUUUGUAAAUUAGCAAAUCACACUAUUUCUGAAGCACUUGAACAAUUUUAUUCAACAUAUGUAAUACGUUCAACACUCUAUCCACCACCACUACUUAAACUUAAAACGUCAUCAUUCGUCGAUAAAUUUCAAACUAGAAUAGCAAACAGUUUUCUCCAAACAUUUCAUUUAAUUCAAGACUCAAUUGUUGCAAAUCAAUUCAUAUCAGCGUAUGGAACCAACUUCAGAUUUUACAUCAAAGAUAAUGAUUAUGCCAAAAAUCCAAACUUAGGAGUUGAGAGUAUUAAAUAUAACAGUGGCCAAUGUGAUUGUGCAAGAAUGUCAACAUGUAUUGAGCCAGCUGUAUUGAAUAAAACAAUUGUACCCGGUUUCUACAUUGGUUGUCUACCGAUUGAGACUAUUCUUCAAUCAUCAUUAGAAUGUUUAUACAAUCAAACGUGUGUCACUAUGAUUUCAGCAGGAUCAGAUGUUAGCGCUAUCAAUACAACAUGGCCAACAAGUCAGUUUCACCCAAACACCACAAUCGAAUAUAUUUUGAGUAAAUUGAUGAUUGAACAAUGGAACAUUGAGAGUUUAUUUGACAAUUAUUAUAAUGAAUGUUCGCCGAAAUAUUGUACGUACACAUAUAUUCAAAGGUAUGAUUUAUUGGUUGUUUCCACCACAAUCAUUGGACUGUUUGGCGGGCUGACGACAGCGUUCGAAUUCAUUCUACCAAUUCUAGUUGAUAUCAUUCGUCGUUUAUCUCGACGCAAAACAUCCUCCAAUGUAGCCAAAAUAGAAAGCCUUAUUCCAGCGGAUGUUAUUGAUGUUUAUGAACAAAAGCGAUGGGUAUUAGAUCCAAAUAAAAUUGAACAAUGUCAAGGUAGAUUGUAUUUCUUUUCCCAUAAGAGAAAUUAUGAAAGUAUAUGAUUGUAGAAAACUGUCCUGGUGUUUAUUUUAAAUCUUACAGGAAUAAUUACGAUAGCGAUUUAUAUGUGCUAGAAGCAAUUUUAACAAUAGAUGAAUGCUGUAGUAAAUGUAAAAACGAAACGAAAUGCCACGGAUUUGUAUACGACUUAGAACAAAAGAAAUGUUCAAUCAAACAGGUGGUAACAAAUAAACAUUUGUUGUAUGACAAGUUUACAGUGUCCGCACAAAUAUACGGUAAAACUAUAUUUUCUUUCGACGGUCGCUAAUUCUUUUGUGUCGAGC